GGGCCGCAGUCGGGGCUGGAGCCAGAGUCGGAGCCGGCCGCUGGGCGUGUACUGGCUCGCGUGCUGGGCUAUGGCCGGGGUGAGCGGCUCGGGGCCGGCCGAGACUGCCGGCGGGAGCAGCAGCAACAGCGCGGUGCGAGGAUUGCGAGUGGACGGGCUGCCUCCACUGCCCAAAAGCCUGAGCGGACUGCUGAACUCCUCGUCCGGCGGGGGCGCGUCCGGGGGCUGGCGGCACCUGGAGCGACUGUACGCUCAGAAAUCCCGCAUCCAGGACGAGCUGAGCCGCGGAGGGGCUGGGGGCUGCUGCGGCGGCGGAGGGCGGACGGCCACGCUGCUUCCCAAGCCCCCCAACCUGGACGCCGCCCUGGCUCUGCUCCGCAAGGAGAUGGUUGGCCUUCGACAGCUGGACAUGUCAUUGCUCUGUCAACUGUACUCCCUCUAUGAGUCAAUUCAGGAAUACAAGGGGGCUUGCCAAGCAGCCUCCAGCCCAGACUGCUCUUAUGCCCUGGAAAAUGGCUUCUUUGAUGAAGAGGAAGAAUAUUUCCAGGAGCAUGGUUCGCUUCACAAUGGGAGAGAACAAGGUGCCCAGAUGGACUUUACGCUGCCUGUCACUUCUCUCUCCAACAGUGACUGGAUCCUGGAGUCCAUUUAGAAGACUUGGAGGAGGGAUGCGUCUGACUGUAGGGGGUGUGUGUUGAGGAGAUACUCUCAAAGUCUCUUUUCCUGUUACGUCUGCCCAUUGUUUGUUUCUGGCAGACCAUCAGUACAUUCUCCUCUUCCUGCAAGCACUCCUUUGGAAGAAAAAAAAAGUCUGUCCUGUUGUGUUGUGGAAAGUCGUCGGGCCUAUUGAGAUGACAGCUGCCAAAUUAAUUUAUGGGUUAAUUUAUGGGCAGGCCCUUCGCCAUUGACACAACAUGUGGGCAGUCUGUCCCAACGGCUAGAGUUUCUUCUUUGGCAAACAGUCAGUGUCAGAGAAAGAUUCUUGGUGUCCCUGUAAUGGGGACUUUGUUGACGAUUUACAUCCCUUUGAUGAAAACAAAAAGGCCCCUCUUCAAAAUGACCAUUUAGUGGGGGCUGGCCUGUUCUGUAUAGAUUGAAGUUAACAAGUCCAUAUGGUUCUGUAUUUGGGCUCUUCUCUGGAUGGGUUGUUUGCACCCUGUCUUGUGUGCUGUGGAUUUUUUUUUUUUGCCUCAAGUUUGCCAUGUGUUAAAAAUAACAUUUUACUGUUCCCUUUUUUGAAUACAUUCUGCAGCUGUUCAUCUGCAUUUUAUUUCUGUUUAAAGGAGCUUUCAGGACUCUUAGCUAAGUGGCAUUUGGUGAACCAUAUAACUAACUGGCUUACCGUUAGUUGACUUUAUGAGCCACCUACUGAGAAGUGACCCUUUAAGGUAAUUUGGGUGCCAAUCUGCUGGUUCCCAAGAUAGCACAGGAGGGGAGUCAUUCUUUGCUGGUCAUAUGCAGUUAGAAAGAGACUAAUAGUAGGUCAUAUUUAAUAGGAAAAACUGGGGCAAACUGCAAUAUUUCAUAUUACCUAAACUUUUCAUUAUAAGGUAUUGGAAACUUUUUUUCCCCUAAUCUGCGAGUGUAUCUUGAAAGUGUAGUUCUAGUACGUUAAAUAGAAGUCAAACUGCUCCCUGUGAUCAAAAGGAUAAUUGCUGUUGGCCUUAUCGUAUUUAUUAAAGUGAUACUUUCAAAAAGCA